AUGCUGUACAUCUUAGAGGGCUUGCUGCUGCUGCCAGAUGUCCUCAGCAGCAGCAGCAGCAGCAGGGAAUCUGCAGCAGCAGCAGCAGAAAGCUCGGACCCCUCCUUGCCCGCGUGGCUGCUGUCUACUUUCCUUGCUUCUGUUGCUUUUCGUGUCUCUCCUCGUCCUGCUGCUGCAGCAGCAGCAGCAGCAGCAGCACCUGCUGUUUUUGCUGUUGCUCCUAAGCACCUGCCUCAGCCGCUGCCGCCGGAGGCUCCCGAGGGCAUGGAGGACCUGUUGCAGCAGCAGCAGCAACAGCAGCAGCAGCAGCAGCUGCCUGAGCUGCUUGUUGUUGAUCUGCAGAGCAGCGGCAGCAGCAGCGCAGCAGCAGCAGCAGCACGGCGUCUGCUGAAGGGGAAGCUAUGCAGCCUUCUGGGCAGCAGCAGCAGCAGCAACAUCGCGAGGUGCUCCCGCGGGGCAGUAGCAGCAGCAGCAGCAGCAGCAGAGACACUGGACACAGUGCAGCAGCUGCAGCAGACGCAGGCGCUGCUGUUUGCCCUCUCAACAAAAGAAGCAGCAGCAGCAGCUGGCGGCUCCCCGCUGCAGCUGCGAGCCCGCACCCUCAACAGCAGCAGCAGCAGCAACAGCAGCAGCAACAGCAGCAGCAGCAGCAGUGAGGCGAAAGUGCACUUAGAGCUGCACUCUGCAGUUUAUCUCCCAAGCCUUAAAGGAAGCAAAAAGAAGGAGAAGCAGCAGCUGCUUUCCUUCUGCUACUUCGCGUCAUCUCAAGGAACAGCCCUUGCUGCUGCUGCUGCUGCUGCAGCAGCAGCAGCAGAAGAGCGCCCCCAGAGGCAGCAGCAGAACAUUCAGGCGGGGCUUGUUGCUGCUGCACAGGCCCUGAGUGUGGCUUUGUGCACUUUGUCUCUGCUGCCUUAUUUGCUGUGCUGCGAGCAGCAGCAGCAGCAGCAGCAGCAGCAGCAGCAGGAAGAUGAAGAAGAGCCAGAAGCAGCAGCAAGUGAGGAGGCCCAGGAGGAAGCUGAAGAAGAGCUGGAGGCGGCGCUGCAUGCGCUGCAGCAGCUGCUGCUGGUGGCCUCUCCGCUGCAGCACCAGCUGCAGCAGCAGCAGCAGCAGGGCGGUUCUGAGGAGCCAGAGGCAGCUGCUGCUGCUGCUGCUGCGCUGACGCAAGCAGCAAACUGCAGCAGCAAGCUGCUGCUGCUGGGCGGCAACACUGCAGCAAAAGGCUUGCUGCGAGAAGCAGCAGCAGCAACAUGGCGCUGCUUGUGUGUCUUUGCUUCCCGACGGGCCCUGCUACAGCUAGCAGGCGUUGCUGCUGCUGCUCCCAGCCGCAGCAGCAGCAGCAGCAGCAGCAGCUCGGAGUCUGAGGACGAAGACACAGAAGAGGAAAGCGAGGCCAGCAGCGAAGAGGAAGCAAAUGAAAUAAAAGAAAUAAAUAAAUCAAAAGAAAUAAAUAAUUCAAAAGAAUUAAAUAGAUCAAAGGAAUUAAGUAAUUCAAAAGAAGCAAAAGAAGAAGAAGACACAAAUGUGCUGCUGACACCUGACGAGGCCCUGAAGGCGCUGCUUGACGACGAUGGACUUGGCCCCCUUGGCGGCUUCCUGCAGCAGCACCAGCAGCAGCAGCAGCAGCAAGCUUCAGCGCGGAAGCUGCUGCUGCGGCAGCGGCAGCGCUUUGGAGAGUUGCGGCUGCGGGCCUUGUCGGCCCUUGAGGUGUACAUACACUGCAGCAGCAGCAGCAGCAGCAGCAGCGGGUGGAACUCGCUGUGUUUGGAGCUGCUGACUGCCCUCUACAGCAGCUACAGCCGCACUUUGCUGCAGCAGCAGCAGCAGCAGCGGCGGCAGCGGCAGCAGCAGCAGCAGCUCGAGGUGUACGGACAGCUCAGCAAGAAGCUGCGAGCAACAAUGGAAGCAGCAUUUAAAACAAUUAAAAGAAGCAGCAGCACAAAAGACAACAAAGCUGCAGCAGACAGAAGCAGCAAAAACCCUCUUGCUGCUUGCCACCACGCACUGCAGCAGCAAACGCUGCUGGCAAUCCAGCAGCAGCAGCAGCAGCAGCAGCAGCAGGAAGUGGGGGCCGCUAAGCGCAGCAAAAAGAGGCAGCAGCAGUCUCAAGAGGAGGCGCUGAACAGCAGCAGCAGCAGCAGCAGCAAAGAAAGAGCAGCGGACGUAAUUGCUGCUGCUCCCUUGCUGCCGGCCCUAGACAGCAGCGAGCGCCUGCAUCAGCUGCUGCUGCAGCGCAGCAGCAGCAGCAGCAGCAGUGUAAGAGUUGAUUUGUCGGAGUCGAUGCUGCAACUGGUGGCUGAGUAUACCUUAAAGGUGCUGAAGAGCAGCAGCAGCAAACUGCCUGCUGCUGCUGCUGCUCUUAACCAGACACUAGGAGCAGCAUUUUUGUUGCGGCUGAACGCUCUGGAGGCUCAGGUUCGGAAGUUUAAAAGCAGCAGCAGCAGCAGCAGCAGCGAGCAGCAGGAGGAGGAGGAGCAGCAGCAGAAGCAAAAACGGCGCAAAAAAGACCCGCUGCAGCCCCAGCAGCAGCAGCACGAACAGCAGCAGCAGCAGCAGCAGCAGCAGCAGCAACAGCAGGAGGGCAGCAGCACGCUGGAAGAAGUGCUGCAGCUGUGUGUCUCCUCUCGUGCUGCGCUGCGCUGCUGCUAUUUGGAUUUAAAUUUCUUUUCUUACUUUGCAGAAAGAGCUCCUGAGGUGUACAUACACCUCAACUUAUAUGCUGCAGCAGCAAAAGCUCGCUCCCCUUUUGUGCAGCGCGAGCUGGCGCAGCUGGCGUUUCAGGUGUACAGACACAGCGGCUUCUUAGCAGCAGCAGCAGCAGCACGGCAGCAGCAGCAGCAGCAGCAGCACCAGCAGGGGCUGCUGGACCCCCAGGAGGUCGUGCUGAGUCUGCUCGCGAAAAACAGAAGGAGAAGCAACACGGAAGCGGCGGAGAGCAGCAGCAGCAGCAGCGAGCAGCAGCAGCAGCAGCAGCAGCAGCAGCAGCAGGUGCCUGCUCACCUCGAAGCAGCAGUGCAGCGAGCCCUAGAGCCCCCAAUGGUUCCCUUGAAGGCCUUUAAGUCUCAAUCGCGUUUUGCUGCUUUUGUUUUGAAGGCUUUGCUGCAGCUCUUAACAGCAGCAGCAGCAGCAGCUGUCCGAGAGCAGCAGCAGCAGCAGCAGCAGCAAGAGGAAGCGGAGCAGGAGGAGGGCCAGCAGCGACAGAAGAAGAAACGAAAAGAGACGAAAGACAAGCAGCAGCAUGCUGCAGCAAACAGCAGCAGCAGCAGCAGCAAUUUGGAGUGUACGUACAGCAGCGAGUCUCAGAAGCAAACAGCAGUGCGGCUGCUGCUGCAGCAGCUGCUGCAGCUGCUGCGGCUGUUUGUGAAGCGCGCAGCAGCAGCAGACCGAGCGACGCCCGCAGCAGCAACACCAGCAGCAGCAGCAGCUCCAGCAGCAGCAGCAGCAGCAGCAGGGAGCAGCAGCAGCAAUUCUUUAAAUGAUUUAAUUAAAUUAAUUUGCAAAGACAAAGAAAUGAUGGAAGAGACAGUGCGGGGAGCUGUACAGACAGCUGGAGGAAACAAAAACAAAAAACUCCAAAAUGAAAUUUUCAAAUUUCUUGAGAGACUCGCAGAAGAAAAGCCCCAAGCAGCAGCAGCAGCAGCAGCAGCAGAAGAUGCAGCAGCAGCAGCAGACGCAACAGACAAGGAGGCAACAGCAGACACGGCUGCAGCUGCGGCUGCAGCAGCAGGCAAAAAGGCAGCCGCAGCAGACAUAACAACAGCAGCAGACGAAACAGCAGCAGCAGCAGACAAAGCAGCAGCAGCAGCAGCAGCAGCAGGAAAGAAGCGGCGGAUGGACGGAGAGGCAGCAGCAGGAAGAAAGAGAAAAGAAUUAAAAAGAAAAUCUGCAAAUGAAGUUUAG